UCCGGGAGCCGGAGCCAGCCCGAGCCAGCGUUGCCGCCUCCCGCCCCGCCCCGCCUCCUCAGCCGCCGCCAGAGCUGUUCAGGCAACGUGCGCUGCGCUCUCCACCAUGGUCAUCAAGGUCUACAUCGCCUCCUCGUCCGGCUCCACGGCGAUUAAAAAACAGCAGCAAGAUGUGUUAGGUUUCUUGGAAGCAAACAAGAUUGAAUUUGAAGAGAAAGAUAUUGCAGCCAACGAGGAGAACCGGAAAUGGAUGAGAGAGAAUGUCCCAGAAGAUAGCCGACCAGCAAGUGGAAACCCAUUACCACCGCGACUGUUCAAUGAUAGCCGAUAUCUGGGGGAUUAUGAAGCUUUCUUUGAGGCAAGAGAGAAUAAUGCGGUGUAUGCUUUUUUAGGCUUGACUGCGCCACCGGGUUCAAAGGAAGCUGAAGCACUGGCAAAGCAGCAAGCAUGAACAUCAACUGCCUUAAAUGUUCUGUAAAGGGAAUUUUCACAGCUUUUUAUAAAAUAGUAAAAUUGUUUCUGCUUCAAGAAAAAUGGAUAUAAUUUCUAAUAUUUUGAUUGAUGCAAAUUUUGAAUACAAGAAAAAAUGUGAAAAUUAGGGUAAAGAGCAUGGAAUACGCUAUUACAAAGUUGAAGGUAUAACAAAAUGAAGCAACUGGUUUAAAGUGAUUUAAAAAUCAGGUCUUGGCAAUGGUGUCCAUUUUGUGCAAAUUUAAGGGGAAAUCCUGAUUUUUAAUAUGAACAAUAGAGAUACAAUUAUACCCAGUGGUCCAACUAUUUAAAAACAGGGAAAAGGAACAACAGACAUAAUCUUAUCUGAUAACUCUAGUGCCUGAAUUGCCUCAUGUUACUGAACAAUAUAUGAAUACAGUAAUUUUUCAAUGUCUUUUUAAAUUGUGGUUGAAAAUUUAAAUUGUAGAUGUGUAGUAUAGUAACCUUCCUAAGCUCUUAGAUGUAUUUUCUUUUUGUAGGAUGGAUAUUUUAAAUUGUAUUGUG